AUGUGCAGAGAUGAAGAAAAAGAGGAGGAGGAGGAGAGGAGAGGGGCAGGGGAGGAGGAGAGGAGGAGAGGAGAGAAGGAGGAGAGGAGAGAAGGAGAAGAGGAGGAAAUGGGGGAAUUAGGAAGGAAGGAAGGAAGAAGAGGUGAUAAAAUGAAGAGGAGGGCAGAGAUGAAGAGGAAGAAGAGGAGAGGAGGGGGAAAGGAGGAGGAGAAGAAGAGGAGAAGAAGACAGGGAGGAGGAGAAGAAGAGAGAAGAAGGAAGUGGAGGGCAGGAGGAGGAGAGGAGGGGAAGAGGAGGAGAGAAAGAGAAAGAGAGGAGGAGUAA